UCGACGCAAAACCUCUGCCAAUCCCCUAUCUGCUUUGCAACCACCAAAAAACAACGUUAAACAGACAGAGUAAACUCCCCUACUCUGUCACAAAACCCUAAUUGCAGUGGCAAAUGUCACUCAACUCAACUCAACUCAUUUGAACUAACACACACACGCGCACACUUCCCAAUUCAAUUCCCAUUUACUUAAUCUCUCUCAGACAUUUAUACAAACACCUUUCUUUCUUUCUACCAUGCCCUACUCAGCCAUUUUCCAUGGCUAUAUCAGAACCACCACAGUCCCUUUUCUCGCCAUAUCUCUCAGACCCACCUCUUAUUUUCGAGGCCCCAAUACUCUAAAACCCUCACUGCUACCUUUCUUUUCAAGAAAUAGACACCCGAGGUUUGGGAACUCGCACGUGCGGCCCUACUCGAGGCAUCGGGUCACUUGCUCGGGCCUCGAGGUGGUCCGCAAUGGGAGGCAGAGGAGAGUUGCUACGUCGUUUUGGUACCAGCAGAGCUCCGGGUACGGCCGGUACGCGUACCAGGACGUGUCCAGUGACGAGUCGGACCGUGACUCGGGGUCGACUCAGCAGCAAUUGCAGUGUGCUUCAACCCUAGAUAACAUUGAUGAGUGGAGAUGGAAAUUAACCAUGCUUCUUCGCAACAAAGAUGAGCAAGAAGUGGUGUCGAGGGAGAGAAAAGAUAGACGUGAUUUUGAGCAACUUUCAGCAAUGGCAGCCAGGAUGGGCUUACAUAGCCAUCAAUAUGCAAAAGUUGUCGUCUUUAGUAAAGUCCCUCUGCCCAACUACAGAUCUGACCUGGAUGAGAAGCGUCCACAGAGAGAGGUGAUCUUACCUUUGGGAUUGCAAAGAGAAGUAGAUGCUCGACUCAGACUUUUUCUCUCUCAAAAACCUAUGAGCAAUGGAAGUUUCUCAGAUAAUUCCUUGUCAAGAUCAGGAAGUGAUGAGGGGUUUUACGAGCAGCAGGAGCCCUUGAUAAAGAAUAGUGUUGUCAUGGAGAGAAUCCUCCAACGGAGAAGUUUGCAAUUGCGAGAUAAGCAACAAGAUUGGCAGGAAACUCCUGAGGGUCAAAAGAUGCUUGAAUUUCGUAGAAGUCUCCCUGCAUUCAAAGAGAAGGAUGCAUUAUUAAAAGCUGUUUCUGAAAAUCAGGUCAUUGUUGUCUCAGGUGAAACUGGCUGUGGUAAAACCACGCAACUUCCUCAAUACAUUUUGGAAUCUGAGAUUGAAGCAGCUCGUGGAGCUGUCUGUAGUAUUAUAUGUACUCAGCCUAGAAGAAUAUCUGCCAUGUCUGUUUCUGAAAGAGUUGCUGCAGAAAGAGGGGAGAAACUGGGAGAUUCUGUUGGUUAUAAAGUUCGGCUAGAGGGAAUGAAAGGGAGGGACACUCGUCUUCUUUUUUGCACCACUGGCAUAUUGUUGAGGAGAUUACUUGUUGAUAGACAUUUGAAAGGGGUAACUCAUGUUAUAGUCGACGAGAUUCAUGAACGUGGAAUGAAUGAAGAUUUUCUUCUUAUUGUCCUCAAAGAGCUCCUUCACCGUAGACCAGAAUUGAGGUUGAUUUUGAUGAGUGCAACCUUAAAUGCUGAGCUUUUCUCUUCCUACUUCGGUGGUGCUCCAAUGAUUCAUAUUCCUGGGUUUACAUACCCAGUCCGCUCACAUUUUCUGGAGAAUAUUCUUGAAAUGACUGGAUAUCGAUUGACUUCAUAUAAUCAAAUUGAUGAUUAUGGUCAAGAAAAGGUGUGGAAAAUGCAGAAACAAGCUCAAACUCUAAAAAAGAGGAAGAGCCAGAUUGCUUCUGCUGUUGAGGAUGCAGUUGAAGCUGCCGACUUUAAGGAGUAUAGCCUACGGACUCAGGAGUCUUUAUCCUGUUGGAAUCCUGACUCAAUUGGUUUUAACCUCAUUGAAUAUGUGCUCUGCCACAUAGUCAAGAAGGAAAGGUCUGGUGCUGUUUUGGUUUUUAUGACUGGUUGGGAUGACAUAAAUUCUUUGAAGGACCAGCUCCAAUCUCAUCCCCUCUUGGGCGACCCAAGCAAGGUGCUGCUUCUUGCAUGCCAUGGUUCCAUGGCCAGCUCUGAGCAGAGAUUAAUAUUUGAUAAGCCUGAAGAUGGAGUGAGGAAAAUAGUUCUAGCUACAAACAUGGCUGAGACUAGUAUCACCAUCAAUGAUGUUGUUUUUGUGGUUGAUUGUGGAAAGGCAAAAGAGACAUCAUAUGAUGCACUAAAUAAUACCCCUUGUUUGCUACCAUCCUGGAUAUCAAAGGCUGCUGCUCGGCAAAGGAGAGGAAGAGCUGGUCGGGUUCAAUCUGGCGAGUGUUAUCAUCUCUAUCCCAGAUGUGUAUAUGAUGCUUUUGCUGAUUAUCAAUUGCCAGAACUUUUAAGGACACCAUUACAAUCGUUAUGUUUACAAAUCAAAAGUUUACAACUUGGAAGUAUUUCAGAAUUCUUAUCUAGGGCAUUGCAGGCACCAGAACCUCUAUCGGUUCAAAAUGCUGUAGAAUACUUGAAGAUCAUUGGGGCUUUGGAUGAGAAUGAAAAUCUGACUCUGCUAGGACGCAACUUGUCAACGCUUCCAGUUGAGCCAAAACUUGGAAAGAUGCUCAUAUUUGGGGCUAUUUUCAACUGCUUAGAUCCAAUAAUGACUGUUGUUGCUGGUCUUAGUGCCAGAGAUCCAUUCUUGAUGCCAUUUGACAAGAAGGAUCUUGCAGAGUCUGCAAAAGCACAGUUUGCUGCCCAUAAUUACAGUGACCACCUUGCCGUUGUCCGAGCUUAUGAGGGUUGGAAAGAUGCUGAAAGAACACAAUCCGGUUAUGAGUACUGUUGGAGAAAUUUCCUUUCUGCUCAAACUCUGAAAGCCAUUGACUCUCUUCGGAAGCAGUUCUUCUUUUUGCUGAAGGACACUGGUCUAGUUGAUCAAAACCCAGAAAACUGCAAUAGAUGGAGCCAUGACGAGCAUCUUAUCCGAGCUAUCAUCUGUGCAGGCUUGUUCCCUGGAAUAUGCUCUGUUGUGAACAAAGAGAAGUCAAUAGCACUGAAAACAAUGGAGGAUGGUCAAGUACUUCUGUACUCGAAUUCUGUGAAUGCUGGGGUACCCAAAAUUCCAUAUCCAUGGUUAGUUUUCAAUGAAAAGGUGAAAGUAAAUUCGGUAUUUCUCCGUGAUUCAACUGGUGUCUCCGAUUCAGUGCUGCUCUUAUUUGGAGGGAAUAUUUCCAGGGGUGGACUAGAUGGGCACCUAAAAAUGUUGGGAGGAUACCUGGAAUUUUUCAUGAAACCUGCUUUAGCAGAUACGUUCAUAAGCUUAAGGAGAGAAGUUGAGGAACUAAUACGGAAGAAACUCUUGGAUCCCAAGCAUGAUAUGCAAUUAUACAAUGACAAGCUCCUUUCAACUGUAAGAUUGCUAGUCUCAGAGGACCAAUGUGAUGGUAGAUUUGUCUAUGGUCGGCACCUGCCAGCACCCUCAAAGAAGGCAACAAAAGAUAUGCUACCAGGUGCACUCUCGAAAGGUGGAGUUGAGGGUAAUAAUUUGAAGAAUCAGCUACAGACUUUGCUUGCCAGGGCAGGACAUGAAGCACCCACAUACAAGACAAAAGAACUGAAAAAUAACCAGUUCCGUUCCACUGUGAUCUUUAAUGGGUUGAAUUUUGUGGGGAAACCUUGCACUAGUAAGAAACUUGCAGAGAAGGAUGCCGCUGGUGAGGCUCUACUGUGGUUGAGUGGUGAGAGCCCUUCAGUUUCUACAGAUAUUGACCACAUGUCUAUGCUUCUAAAGAAGAGCAAAAAGAAAGAUCAGAGAAGAACCUCAAUUCGUGGUGCUAAGUGGGGUUAAAAUGAUCAUAGAGAACAGUUAUUGUUAUUUUCCCAAAUGAAAGAUUUGGUGGAAUGGAGUUCAAAUCUUUCCGGACUUGGAGUUGCAACUAGACUGGAGCAUACUUUUCAAAAGAUCUAAAACAGGUGCGGACCUUAGUGAACCCUCCAGACAGUUUAAAGUAGAAGUGAAGCUGCAGUUCAUAAAUUCUAUGACAGUUAUUGACCGUGUUGAAUCCUUAAUUUUGGAAUGGGGGGAUAACAUUGUUCAGAGGCCAAAGUGGAGAUUCUACCGCCACUCAGAUGAAGAAAAUUAUAUUUAAGUUUUACACAAAGAUGCUGCAUGUCUCAGCUCGGAGGCAAGUCACGGCUGCAUAAGUAUACGUCAACUUUUGUAACAUAGGCAGUUUCAGUAGAGUCAUGAAUUUAGCCAAAGGUAAAAAUAUAAACAUUCUUGGCAGAGGAAGAGUUAGCAAGUUAGAAAAAGUUUCUUAAAGCAAAAAUGUACAUGUUAGAUCAAUCUGUGCAAUUCAUUUUUUGUAAAUUGCUUAUGUAAAACCUGAGAAGUCUGUUGGAUGAAAGCCUUUGACUCCUGCUGGAACUGGAAAGUGUGGCUCAACUUUCGGAAGUUGGACCAAGUAUUUAUUUAUUAGAUGCUAAACUUCCUUUGA